UCAAAGAGUACUGGUUCUUUUUUCUCUGAGCUUUCCCCCUUUUUCUCCAAAAGUUGUUUUGACAAUUUGCAAUGAUCUCUGAUUCUCAUUGGCUUUGCCUCCAUUCUCCUCCAAACAUGCAUCUAUACAUAAACCCAAACUCAUAAUUUGACAAUUUUGUCAUGAAAAGAUGUUUCAAUUUCAACCCAACAAAUUUCCAGGAGACCCAAUUAUGAGUUCUCAGCUGCAAACCCAUUUGAGCAAACAUUGGUUCAAAUCAACCCAUUAGGCCAUUAAUUCUUGACCAACCUAUGUUUAUAUAUAUAUAUAUAUAGAUAUAUAUGUCAUUUUCUUCUGUUGUUGUGGUUGCUGUAAACAAGUCAAUUAACAACCAAACAUCCAUGCCAUGACACCAAAGUUCAGAGUUUCAUCUCUAACUCACAAGACACUAAACCAAAUUCUUACCCAACUUAUCAUAAACCCUAAACCUCACAACUUAAACCCAUUGCUAGGGUCAUUGAUAAACUCCACCAUCCCUGAAAAUGCACUGUUCAUGUACAACCAAAUGCUUUACUACCCAACUUCUCAUAACCACUACACUUUCACAUAUGCCCUCAAGGCAUGUGCUUUGCUAAAGGCUCACCAAAAGGGGCUUGAAAUCCAUGCCCGUGUUUUGAAAUGUGGUCACUUUUAUGAUGUUUUCAUCCAAAACUCGUUGCUGCAUUUUUACAUACAUAAAAACGACAUUGUCUCUGCUUCCAAAAUCUUUUGUUCGAUACGUUUUCCGAAUGUUGUUUCGUGGACUUUGAUCAUUUCAGGGCUUUGUAAAUGUGGUUUUGAAGAGGAAGCCAUUGUUAAGUUCUUGUCUAUGGAUGUGGAGCCUAACUCUUUUACACUUGUUAGUGUUAUGUCUGCUUGUUCUAGUCUAAGAGCUUUGAAGCUUGGUAAAGCAGUUCAUGGUUAUAGUUUAAGGAACUUGAGUGAACAUAACAUUAUUUUGGAUAAUGCAAUUCUGGAUUUUUACACGAGUUGUGGGUGUUUGGUUAAUGCAAACAACUUGUUUGAUAAAAUGCCUAAAAGAGAUGUUUUUUCUUGGACUACACUAAUAGGUGGCUAUGCACAGACAGGGCUUUGUGAUGAAGCCGCCACACUCUUCCAACAAAUGGUUGAAGGUGAUGAGGCUAAGCCUAACCAGGUCACCAUUGUCAACCUAUUGUCAGCUUGUUCAUCCGUUGGUGCUUUGAAUUUAGGAGAAUGGAUACAUACCUAUAUCAAUGGUCAACCUGAUCUUGUAAUAAGUGGUAAUGUGGGAAAUGCUUUAAUCAACAUGUAUGUCAAAUGUAGCCAUCUGGGUAUGGCCUUCCAAGUUUUCAACACCCUUAAAAGCAAGGACACUAUUUCAUGGAGUACAAUGAUAAGUGGCAUGGCCAUGAAUGGCCAUGGCAACCAAGUACUGCAACUCUUUUCACUCAUGAUAGUUCAUGGAGUUCCUCCUGAUGGUGUCACCUUUGUCAGCUUGUUAUCGGCCUGCAGCCAUGUUGGGCUCGUCGACAAAGGGUUGAUGUUCUUCAACGCCAUGAAAAAUGUUUAUGGAAUCGAACCUCGAGUUCAGCACUAUGCUUGUGUGGUUGACAUGUAUGGCCGAGCAGGGCUGUUGGAGGCUGCGGAGGAUUUCAUUAGAGGAAUGCCAAUUGAAGCAGAUGCUGCAGUUUGGGGGGCUUUGCUUAAUGCUUGUAGAAUCCAUGGAAACGAUGAGAUGUUUGAAAGAAUCAAAGGAUGCCUUGUUGAUGAUGGAGUGAACAUUGGAACUCUUGCUUUGUUAUCCAAUGCUUAUGCUAGCUCUCAUAGAUGGGAUGAUGCUCAUAAGGUUCGUGAUGAGAUGAGAUGGUUGGGAGAGAAGAAAAUGGCAGGGUGUAGCUGGAUUGAGGUCAAUCACAAUCAGCAGCCAUAGAAAGCACAAUUUUUUAAUGUAAAAAUGCUAAGCAUAGUUAGAACACUUCUAUGUUCUGUUGUAUAUGGGUACAAUUCUUUGAGAAAAGUUAACACAAAAUGCAGAAAUCGACUUCAGUUUAGUUGA